AUGGGAGACCUGAAGUCGGGGUUUGAAGAGGUGGAUGGCGUGCGGCUCGGCUACCUCAUCAUUAAAGGAAAGCAAAUGUUUGCACUCUCCCAGGUUUUCACCGACCUGCUCAAAAACAUCCCGCGGACCACCGUGCACAAGCGAAUGGAUCAUUUGAAAGUCAAAAAGCACCACUGCGACCUGGAGGAGUUGAGGAAACUCAAAGCCAUCAACUCCAUCGCGUUCCACGCCGCCAAAUGCACGCUCAUCUCCAGAGAGGACGUGGAAGCGCUCUACACCUCCUGCAAAACCGAGCGGGUCCUCAGGACAAAGCGGCGGAAGCUCGGCCGGGCCUUGGCGGGCGGCGAGCUGCGGCCGGAGCGGGCGCCCGCCGACCCCUUCCGUGGCUUCUGGAAGGAGAACAAACUUUGGCUGGGUUUGAAUGACUCUCCCCGGCCGCUGCUGCCAAUCAGGCGGAAAGCUCUGCGGCCGGGGGCCGCGGCCCUGCUGCCGGCCUCCCAUCUACCUCACCUUUUUAGUAAAUACACUGGCCACGGCUACCCGGAGCUGGCCCGGGCGCCUCGCAAACCCCCCGGCAGCUAUGAAACGGCGGAGGAGGAGGAAGAGGAGGAGGAGGAGGAGGACAGCACCUCGGACUCCGACUCCAGCUCGGUCUCCAGCCAGGUCUCGGUGCAGAGCAUCCGCUUCAGGCGCACCAGCUUCUGCAGCCCGCCCGCCGUGGUGCACGCCAACUUCUUGUACCAUCUGGCCGCCGCCGCCGCCCCCCGGCCCCCGGCCCCGGCCCCGACGGAUCCCGGCGGGCCGCCCGCCCUCCGCCGCGCCGCGGGCUGCGUGAAGCCGGAGCUGCCCGAGGAGUGGGGCCGGCCCGGCUGGGGCCCGGCGCUGCGCUGCCCCGGCGGCCCUGGGAGCUGCUUCGCGGAGAUAAGGGAGCGGAGGGCGGCCGAGAUCACAUUCCCACACUCUGAAUUUCCCAAUAACGCCAAGAGUACUGACCUAACAAUUAACUGCGUUGCAAAGGGGGCCUCUUCACCUAGCCCAAAGACAAACAAUGCAUUUCCACAACAAAGAAUACUCAGAGAGGCAAGGAAAUGCCUUCCAGCAACUACUACACACUGUGCAGAUAACAAUACAAUAGCUGCUAGGAUCUUAAAUAAUGAUUCUUCAUCAGCGGCUGCGAAUUCCGAAAAAGAUUCCCAAAUCCCUCAUUGUAUUGAAUUUGCCACGGAUUUGCCCUCGUUACGGACCGACCCCGCGGAGGACGCCGCCUCUCCGGAGGCUGCGGAGCUGCGGGGCACUGAGCCGGGGGCCGAGGCGCUGCCCUUCCCGCACCGCGUCCGCAUCAAAACCGAGGAGGAGGCGAGCGGCGAGGACGGGCCCGACCCUCCGCCCCACGAGCUGCGGUGUGAGUGCAAUGAUCCCAAGGAGGAGUGUCGCGGUGUGACGGAGGGCAGCGAGCAGGACGCUUUAGGAACGGCCAAGGAGGAUUCUGCAUGCACUGAGAAAGAAACCACUUCCUUCCCCCCGCUGACUCAGAGUCAGGGCCUCUCAUGCACUUUAGGUACUCCAAAACCUGAGGAUGGGGAGUAUAAAUUUGGAGCGAGGGUGAGAAAGAACUACAGGACACUGGUUCUGGGCAAGCGGCCUGCGCUGCAGCCUCCUCCGCUCAAACCAAAUCUGAAAUCGGCGCGGAGCCCGCGGCCCGCAGGUAAAGCUGAGCCCGAAGGAACACUGGACGAUCUCACGGCCAACAAUAGGCGCAGAAGGGUAGCCGGCAAUGUAGCAUCAGCGGUGAAAAGGCCGUUUAAUUUCAUGGCAAAUUUUCCCUGUCCACCAUCACUAAUUAUUGGCCAUGACGGGGAUUUGUUGCCAGCUUACUCCUUAAGCACCACUAAGGACAUGCAAGCACCUCACAGGGCCCAUCCCGUGUGGAAAUGGCAGCUGGGCGGCUCUGCAAUACCUCUCCCACCUAGCCACAAAUUCAGGAAAUUUAAUUAAUAAAAUACUUUGGAAAAUAUUUGCUGGAACCACCUCUCAGUCUGUGCGCUGCGUGAGCUCGGCAGGAAGGUUCGUGCAGCCCUUAACGCUGCACUCACAGUUGGGAUCUGUUGUGUCAUUUGUGAAGACAGAACCCGGAUUACCAUUUUCUUUCCCGUUCCAACAGUGGUUUUGGUUUGGUUUGUUCGGGUCUUUUUUGUUUUUCUUCUUUCUUUCUUUCUUUCUUUCUUUUUUUUUUUUUUCCUGUUACAUUUGGGUAUUUUUUGUUACAUUCCACAGAAUACUUCAGGCAAAGACUCAACUCAACUCAGUUACGCCGGUAGAGCUGGAACACUUUACUGUUUGAAUGCUAAUAAUGCACCAGUACCUCAAUUCAACUGCUGCAAAUAAAUGUCAAAAGGUUGAAUAAUAAAUACUAGAAUGAGCCAUUAAAUUUAUGCACUAGAUUUCGAACAUGGCAGUCUAACUGUUAAUUCAGUUCAAGUUUGUGAAGUGCCACGGCCGCACAGGAGGGCCAGCCGCACCUCGGUGCUCGGAGCGGGGCGGUGCGGUGCCCCCAGGCCCACAGAGCUGUGCUCAGCCCCCGGGGAAGGCGGGGGCCGAGAGCAGUACGAAAUGGGGGAUUGCAGUGUGGGGAAAGGGUGUCCUUUUGCUCGUACAGCCCCUCGCGGCAAUCGGAAGCCUUUUUGUUUCACCCAGAGGUCUUAAAUAAGGUUACUGUUACCCGCUCACGUCGUGCCGAAGCUGUGCUCCGAAUGUGCCCCUGCAAACUUGCACAGAGCUGAGGGCUCUGCCCGGCCUGCAGCGAUUUAUGGGCAACCCCGCGCGGGCCGCAGGAAAUAGCGAAGCAGUAAAUGCAGCGCAGAGAGCGGAGCGAGGGGCCAGGAGUGGGAACAGUGCACCAAACGCGAGCCCUGUGCUGCUCGUGGCUCUCUGGCCCCAAACUCGGGCACUGCCACCGGUGCUGUCCUCAGCCCCGAACCCCAGUGCUGUCGGUUUUUGUUUCCAGGCCGUCCUCUCUAUGUAGCAGAAACGUUUCUACCGCACGUGACAAUCAGAGGCGAUUAUCUCUAUUUGCACUUAAUAUCGAAAUAGUGGAGCGGGCGGGGGCGAGGGCCUCGCCUCGGAGAGACAUGCCGGUAUAAUAUAUUGUGAUGAUGGAAGCAGUAAAUCAAAAUGAUGGAAAUUUGCACUGUUGAAAAGCAUGCUUUAGCUUUAUUUUCAAUUAAAAACACUGUUUAAAAAUUCCUGAUUCCCUACACUUUGAAUUAUUGCAGUUUAUCCACGCUUUCCCCUCCGUUUGGGAGCUCCCCGGUUGGAUUCUGAGGAAAUAUGCUUCAAGAGUUUCACUGUUUCCCUCCCUGCCCCCAAAGCCCCUCCAAAAGAAAGGAAAAAAAAAAAAAGAAAGAAAGAAAGGAAGAAAGGCCUUCGCGCAGCAGCCAGGCCCGGGGCCGAGGGCUGUGGAAGGGCCCUGGCACGGGGGGACGGGUGCAGCUCCAAGCGCGGCCCAAAAGUUUGCUGCCCCGGGAAGGCCGAGUGCUGAAUCAGCGGGGUUUCGGCUGAAGGACUGCUGGUUUCUUUCUUUGGAUUGGCGCUUUAUUUAUAUUAGAUCAUUCCUAAAUUAAAUGUUAAGGAUUCCACUCAUCGAUCAAUCUCGGGAGGAUAAUUUAUCGUAAAUCAAAGGAAAAAAAAAAAAAAGGAAAACAAAGCCACAACGUGAUGUUUACCGUGUGACUCAAAGUCAACAUUCUGCCGGCGAUCUGCUGCCACUCUCGGCUGUUUCAUCCCUGCCUUUGUGGUGCCUCCCGCAGCCCUCGUGGCUCCGUGCACACUGCCCGCAGCUCCGUGCUAUCCCCGCGCCUUCCUUUUCGCCCAUUGUAAUGUCCCACUCUAGGAAUACCUGCACCAAAUAUAGUUAGAGAGAGUAAACAAUCGCCCUUCGGGGGGGUUACCCUUCCCCCGCACACUCACAUCACUUAGAGCUGCCAAUUGCAAAAGGUACUCUGCAUACUUAACCGCGCUGCUGAAAUUAAGAUGGUCGUGAAAAAUCAGCUUGCAGGGUGGCUCGGAGCCGAGAGUUUACCCGUGUGCACUUGGGGCCGAGCGGACUCUGGCCCUAUUUCCAGAGAGCUGUGAAUACGGUUGGAGCGCACCGCUCCAGGAAGCUCCCACUCUGCUCUGCCUGACAGAGGUCUUCCCUGCACUGAAAAAAAAAAGGGGGGAAAGAAAAAGAACCAAAUUCAAAAGCUGCAGAGAUAUUAUGCAAACUGGAAGCCUAAAAUUUUGCUGUGUCAAUUAAACAACGUAUCGCUUUCAGAGGAACUCCAUCCCCUGACCCUGUUUACUUCCAAUUACGCAGUGCUGAUGUGGCUGGGAAUUGUAAAUUGCAGAGGUGCCUUUUCGGGUUCCUGAAAUAAUCCGGAGUGGGGGGAGGGGAGAGAGACACACACUGAUCCCAAACAGGCCCUGCAGGGCCGGGGACGUAUGGCGCCUGGCCAGAGUGCAGUGGGAGGCACCGAGUCACACAUCCCCAUCGCCACACGUGUGCACUUGGUACUGUGCUCACGGGCCCCGUGGUGUCACUGUGCUGGGAAAGUCACCAGGUACAUGAUGCACUGCGAUGCAAAAUAUGGUAUUCCUCCCAAUUCGGGUGGUCAGAUGGCUGCUGGAGAUGGCACUGUAACUAGUGCUGCGACAGAGCUCGCUCCCAUUCCAGCCCCAGUAAUACAAAGUCAAACAAAUACGUUGCAUUGCAUACCAAUAAUCCGUUUCUCCCUUAAUGGUAAAGUUCUCUAAUGUGAGGAAAAACAAAGGUGAUCUCAUGGGCCAGAGCACAAUUUUGUCAUGAUGUUUAUGGCAGAGAAAAUUUAAAAUGUAUCAGUGAUGAAAUGCCACCAUUUUCCUGCUCUGGGUACACAAAAAUCCACAGAAUUCCAUAAAGGAAAAGCGACGUGGCGCAGUGCGUGUGCUCCUCCCAGGUACACUGCAGGCUGAGCUCCCUGCCCUGCUCGUGUGGGAGAUGUCUGCGGGCAGGCCGAGGACAAAAGAGAGUUUGGGACCACGCUGAAUGCUCCCAAGCACCAAGAAGGGAACGUGUGCCGUGCCCCAGCAGCGGAGAUGCUGCCGUACCAUGCACCUCGUGUUACAGCAUUCACUGCCUGCAGAGGGUAUUCCCUUUGCUGCUGCUUGCGUAGGGCACCAACACGCGCAGUGAUGCCAGCAGCGGUGCUGCGGUGUGAAGUUUGCUGUUCUUCCCUCGGUGAUUUUUUUACACGGAUCCUUUUCCCUUCACCAGAUUUAGUUGCUCAUAAAAUUAAAGUUUCUGCAGAAAUGAGAACAAUGCUAUCACGUUUUGUCUGCUGCUGUUUGCACGUGUGAGUGGUUAAGGGAGAGGUGCAGAAAAAGUGGCGUUUUCCACACACGGAGAUCUGUAGGGAAACACUCUGUGCGGGAAGGCGGCUGCAGAUAACCGCGGUUUUCCUGGGCGCGAUGGUGACUGGAAAGAAUAUGUAACGCCUCAUCCUCGGGUCCGGCUCCGAAGUACAAAAGAAGGGCGACCAUGGAGCGGAAAUAGCGGCCGGCGCCCAGCUCGCCAAAGCCACGCUCGCAGCCUCCGCCAUUCCCCAUCUAGCCGCACUCUGCCCUCCGCCGGCUCCGAGCGGGCGGCUGCGGCUCGGGGACGCGGGACAGCGGGCUGCGGGCCGGGCCUUCCCCGCGCCCAGCCGCUCCCCGGCACAAUGCUGCGCCGCGCCGGGCCCCUCUCCGCGCUCCUUUCACUGCCGGGCGGCCCCGCGAGCCCCCGCCGAAGGCCCGCGAUGUUUCGCAUGAGGCGCUCACAAUAGGGGCCGGGAAAACUGGCGGCCCCGAGCGGGGCCCGGCCCUCCCGAUGCCGAGGAGCCCUCUCCCGCACCGGCCCUCGUUCGCCGCUCGCCGCUGGCGGCUCCGUCCUUAGCAUUGCAAAUACACCGCAACAGCUGUGUUUGUAAACAGCGGCACUUCGGCGGGAGCCGCUCCUCGCAGCGCUGCCUCCGCUCGCCGGCCACGGGAACACAAAACGAGAGAGAACGCGCGGCGCGGGGCAGG